AUGAACAGAGUACCAAAAAAACUUGCCCCAGGAAGAGUAUCAGUACCUACUCCGAGAAUUCCGGGCCUACUCAACUUCAGUCUUGUUGACAUUGGCAAGUCUUGCUCACUUUGUGAGAAGACCUUUAAAGAUCACUGGAAUCUUAAAAGACAUUUGCAAAGAUGUCAUGACAUAACAGAAACGGUUGCAGAUGAUAUGAGCAUAGUCCAGGAGACCAAAUAUCAAGAUAUACAGACGAGCAACAGCCCAAAAAAUAUGCUUACACCAAGUGAAAGUGUGGAAGAGGAAUCAGACGUUGAUAAUGAAUACUACAACAGUAUCUUAAAUUAUGACGAGUGUGAAGAAAGUGAUGAUGGAAGUAGAGUUGACAAUAGUGAUUUUGAUGUUGAGAAAAACACAGAGCUAAAUGCAGGCAUUUCUCUGUUUAAUCACAUCUUGAACAACAUGUCUGCUUUCGCCAAUAACAACGAAUCUUCAAUCGAUGAAGAGGAUGAAUUCCAGAGUAAAAUGUUUAACUCUACUGCCUGGAACAGAUUUACACCAAAUAUUCAUCCAUUUAAAGAUAUCCAGACGAUGAUUUUGCUCGCACUUGUCGAUGGUGAUAACAACAUGAUUUCUCAUAGAAUGUUAAAGAAGAUAUUAUUUACCAUCAAUCUUCUUCUAAAGAUCUACAAAGAAGCUAUUAGAAAAGAUAUUUCUUUCAAGUUGCCCCGGUUAGAUGCACUCUGGAAUUACCAGACACGAAAAGAAUUGAACAUCCCAAUUUUCAAAUCGAAAAGUUUAGAUGUUACUCUCUCUGACAGCACAAAAGUCACCACAUUCCUUAACUUGCCUUCUGAGCAUAUCAAACUCCUUGCUGCCGAUCCUAUAAAGUCAAAAUCAAUCUUUUCUUUAUCUGAUCGCACGCCAAACCAAUCUGUCUGUCUUCAACAAGGAGAAAAAUGGAGAAUAAAUACAUACUUCCGACAGCCCAUGUUUACCCACAACAACGUUGAUUUCUGGUCUGGUGACAUUGUUCUGUUAAAAGAUUGCUCACCUAACAUUCGCUUUCUGGUGGAAUCUUUUCAUACAAUGGAUACAUCUAAUGUUUUCUCUUGUGGUUGUAGCAUUGACAUCGAAAUCAAUCAUACCGACAUAAAUAUUGAAUCAUUUCUCUCUGUCAACACAACCCCAUUAAACACCUCCUUAUGUUGCAGCAUCUCUCCUGACACAAUUAUCUUGCUCAUUCCAACUCAUCAUAAAUUACUUGAAGAAGAACAUUUUCUGAAGAGGCUUAUAUGCAACGGAACUGACCAAGAAAACAACCAAAGAAAAUAUUACAAGGUAAAGAUUGCACCUGUAAUUCUUUUCUCAGAUGAUACUUCUGGAAACAUCUCUAAGCAAUUUAAUCCAUAUAAGAGCUGGUUGAUGAAAUGUGUGGCCCUCUCUUUUGAGGAAAGGUGCUCCAUAGAGAAUAUCUUAUUUAUAUCAGCAAUUCCAAAGAAGAAAAGUGCAAAUGCUGCCUCGUUGUUACCUGAAAUUGUUGAUGAUUUGAAGAAGCUAGAAAACAGCGUGGUAAUGUUCUCUGCAGAAGAUAAUGCAUAUGUUCUUGUGGUACCUCCUUUACUUUGGAUUGAGGCAGAUAUAUCUUGUCACUCAGAGCUUUGUGGUUUAGGUGCACCCAACUCAACUUACCCUUGUAGAAAGUGCUACAUUAAAUUGCAAAGUCAAAUCCCCGAGUUGAACAAAGUUGAAUACUAUACUAACAGGCAUCCAACAAGAACCAAGGAUCAUUAUAUCCAGGCUGCUUCUACACCAGACAGAGAUACAGUGAUCCUUGAUAUUUCUUACUUUGAUGACAAAAACACAGCAGAAGAGUUAACUUUUAAAAACAACUCAACAGACAAACUGCUAGAACUUAAAGUAUAUGACCAGUCAAAAGACACUUCUGCUGAAAUAUUGCAUUAUAUUCUCCUUGGUAUUGCAAAGUAUCUUAUCACUGAUCUGGUUAAAGUUGUCCUAAACAAAAACAAAAAAGAACUAGAAGAACUGUUUGAUUAUGUUAAAGACUACAAAAAUUCCAGAGGCAUAUCAAGAGUGUUUACAAGGACUCUCACUCAUGCCGGUUCGUUUCUUGGUAGAGACUUCAAGGUACUAAUCCAAAUACUUCUGGUAAUUCUGGCCAUAAAGUUUGCAGAUACAGAAGUAUUACAGGAAAUCACUCCCCUCUUUGUUCGUCUUGGCCGUCUAUGCUCUCUAGUAUUUGUUCAAUCUAUUGACAGUCAAUACGAGACAUAUAUCAGUGAAGUAGACUCUGCCGUUAGAAGUCUAAUUGAAGCCCUACACAAAUACGACACUAACUGUAAACAUAAAAAACAUGCAUUCUAUACGUCCAAGCCAAAAGUCCAUCUGUUGACCCAUCUACCUGAAGAUUUACAAAGAUUCGGGUCUGCUCUUAACUACGAGACCAAAAAGAGAGAGUCCAGAGAAUUUACAGACAAGAAUGGUACAGGUUUGACCCCUAGAAGGAUAUUAAAAGAUAAUACAUUUGCUCUAUUUAGACAAAGCAAUGGACAAAUCAUCAUUGGAAUGGUGCUUUUUUCUAAAGUAUACCAUUUGUAUAUCGAACAUUCAUCCGCACAUGCUGUUAACAACAAUUAUUGUCUAACACUCAAAUAUGCUGAUGAUAUAUACAUGCCACUAGAUGAAUUGAAGAUUGUUUGUCUAUUAGACAUGCAUCUGAAAGUUGGCUGUAAAUAUGUUGUUAAUCUCAACAAAUUUGGUUCAUACUGGUCCUUCCUUUAUUCCUUUUAUUAA